AUGGAGCCCGCGGCCGGCACCCUGUCCCCGCGCCCCUUCCCGAGCGCGCCCGCGCCGCCCGCGCCCCCCGCCGGGCCCGGGCCGCCGCCGCCGGAUGCCAGGCCGGGACCUGAGCCGGAGACGCUGGCCGCGCCGCCCGCGCCGGACCCCGGGCGCCUCAUCACCGACCCAGGCAGCGGCCGCACCUACUUCAAAGGCCGCCUGCUGGGCAAGGGGGGCUUCGCCCGCUGCUACGAGGCCACUGACACCGAGACCGGCAACGCCUACGCGGUCAAAGUCAUCUCGCAGAGCCGCAUCACCAAGCCGCAUCAGCGCGAGAAGAUCCUAAAUGAGAUCGAGCUGCACCGCGGCCUGCAGCACCGCCACAUCGUGCGCUUCUCACAUCACUUUGAGGAUGCUGACAACAUCUACAUCUUCCUGGAGCUCUGCAGCCGGAAGUCCCUGGCCCACAUCUGGAAGGCCCGGCACACCCUGCUGGAGCCAGAAGUGCGCUAUUACCUGCGGCAGAUCCUUUCGGGGCUCAAGUACCUGCACCAGCGAGGCAUCUUGCACCGAGACCUCAAGCUGGGAAAUUUCUUUAUUACUGAGAACAUGGAACUGAAGAUGGGGGAUUUUGGGCUGGCAACCCGGUUGGAACCCCCAGAGCAUAGGAAGAAGACCAUCUGUGGCACCCCUAACUACGUGGCCCCGGAAGUGCUGCAGAGGCAGGGGCACGGCCCGGAGGCAGACGUGUGGUCCCUGGGCUGUGUCAUGUACACACUGCUGUGCGGGAGCCCCCCCUUCGAGACGGUCGACCUGAAGGAGACGUACCGCUGCAUCAAGCAGGUUCACUACACGCUGCCCACCAGCCUCUCGCUGCCCGCCCGCCAGCUCCUGGCCGCCAUCCUCCGGGCCUCGCCCCAGGACCGCCCCUCCAUCGACCAGAUCCUGCGCCACGACUUCUUCACCAAGGGCUACACCCCCGACCGGCUCCCCAUCAACAGCUGCGUGACGGUCCCAGACCUGGUCCCCGUGAACCCCGCGAGGAUUCUGUUCGUCAAAGUCACCAAGAGCCUCUUUGGCAGGAAGAAGAACAAGAGUAAGAACCACCCCGAGGAGCGGGACGAGGUGUCCGGCUUGGUGAGCGGCCUCACUCGGACGUCCAUCGGCCGCCAGGAUGCCAAGCCUGAGGCCCCCGCCGCGUCCGGCCCGGCCCCCCUCAGCCUGGUAGAGACGGCGCCCGAAGACAGCUCCCCCCGUGGGACGCUGGCGAGCAGCGGAGAUGGGUUUGAAGAAGGACUGACCGUGGCCACUGUGGUGGAGUCCGCGCUCUGUGCGCUGAGAAACUGCCUGGCCUUCAUGCCCCCGGCGGAGCAGAACCCGGCGCCCCUGGCACAGCCAGAGCCCCUGGUGUGGGUCAGCAAGUGGGUCGACUACUCCAACAAGUUCGGCUUCGGGUACCAGCUGUCCAGCCGCCGCGUGGCCGUGCUCUUCAACAACGGCACCCACAUGGCGCUGUCGGCCAACAGGAAGACUGUGCACUACAACCCCACCAGCACAAAGCACUUCUCCUUCGCGGUGGGCGCCGUGCCCCGGGGCCUGCAGCCGCAGCUGGGCGUCCUGCGGUAUUUCGCCUCCUACAUGGAACAGCACCUCAUGAAGGGUGGAGACCUGCCGAGCGUGGAAGAAGUGGAGGUGCCCGUCCCCCCGCUCCUGCUGCAGUGGGUCAAGACGGACCAGGCCCUGCUCAUGCUGUUUAGCGACGGCACGGUCCAGGUGAACUUCUACGGAGACCACACCAAGCUGGUCCUCAGCGGCUGGGAGCCCCUGCUGGUGACUUUCGUGGCCCGCAACCGCAGCGCCUGCACCUACCUGGCUUCCCACCUGCGGCAGCUGGGCUGCUCGCCGGACCUGCGGCAGCGGCUCCGCUACACCCUGCGGCUGCUGCAGGACCGCUGCUCGGCCUAG